AUGGUGAAGUUCUCUAAGCAGUUUGAGAGUCAGCUUAUUCCAGAAUGGAAGGAAGCCUUUUUAGACUACUGUCAACUCAAGAAAGAGCUCAAUAAUUUCCACCUUCUUAACAAUAUUAACAAUACUCCCAACAAACACCAGAAUGGCUUCUCUGCACAUAAAUACCUCAUUUCAUCACUAAGGAAGUACUCUUUGUUUGGCCAUCAUCACCGAGAUCAUGGACCAAUCCAAGUCCAUAGGAAGUUUGCAACCUCAGCUGGUAAGGGGGACAUGUAUGAGACUGAGUUGCUAGAGCAAUUUGAUGAUGCUGACGCUGAUGCUGAUGCUGCUAAAGAAUUUUUCGCCUGUCUGGACCAACAACUAAACAAGGUCAAUAGGUUUUAUGAAAUGAAGGAGCGAGAGUUCGUGGAAAGCGGUGACUCUCUGAUAAAACAAAUGAACAUUCUCCUUGAGCUCAAAUCUGCUUUCAAGCAGCAGCAACAAAGCAAAGGAGGCUCUUCCCAAUACUCUAAGGAAGACCAAUCUAUUUCAUGCACAUUCCCUUGUGAGGAGGACUCUGUUAGAAGCAGAGCACAGCAAGAAGAUAUGCAAGGCAAUUGCACAGAUGAUUUAGAGAAAAAUGGCAUGUCAUUUUCAGACUUUCCUCAAUUUGAUGAGGCUGAGAAAUCAAUGGAAAGAGAAGAUGGAAAAUUGAGGACACUUUCUGGCCGUACUGUUAGUUUCCAAGGGAAGAAUGUGAAGAUCAACAUUCCUUUGACGACGCCUUCCCGUGCCAUCUCAGCAAUUAGCUAUCUGCUAAAGGAAGAUUUGAUUACCCAGUCAUCAAGGAACUAUGGUCCAGAAGGUGGUAAGAUUCAUCUCAAUAAAACCAAAUUGCAUCAUGCAGAAAAAAUGAUCAAAGGAGGUUUCAUUGAGCUCUAUAAGGGGCUAGAAUAUCUCAAAGUUUACAGGAAUUUGAAUAUGCUUGCAUUUAUGAAGAUACUGAAGAAGUAUGACAAGGUCACGGAGAAACAAAUUCUUCCCAUUUAUCUUAAGGUAGUAGAGACUUCGUAUUUCAACAGUUCAGACAAGGUAAUGAAGCUAGCUGACGAAAUUGAGGAACUAUUUGUCAAAAAUUUUGCCCAAGAUGAUCGAACAAAGGCCAUGAAAUACCUUAGACCAAGUCAACGUAAAGAAUCUUACACUGUAACAUUCUUCAUUGGGUUAUUAACUGGAUGCCUCUUGGCACUUUUUGCUGGAUAUGUUAUAAUGGCUCAUAUAACUGGUCUCUACAGAAGACAACCAAACUCAGUCUAUAUGGAAACUGUUCACCCUAUAUUUAGCAUGUUCAGUCUUAUCUUUCUACAUUUCUUUCUUUAUGGUUGCAACAUCUUUGCCUGGAGAAAAACUCGUAUAAACUACAGCUUCAUUUUUGAGCUUGGCCCUACUAAGGAGCUCAAGUUUAGAGAUGUAUUCUUGAUUUGUACAAUGGCUAUGACUGCUGUGGUUGGGGUUAUGUUUCUUCAUCUAACAAUGCUGACAAAAGGGUAUUCUUAUGCCCAAGCUCAAGCCAUUGCUGGCCUACUUUUACUGGUCUUCUUGCUUAUACUUUUUUGCCCCUUCAACAUUAUCUACCGUUCAAGCCGUUACCAUUUCCUUUGUGUGGUAAGGAACAUAGUUUUCUCACCCCUUUACAAGGUUGUCAUGCUCGACUUUUUCAUGGCCGAUCAACUUUGUAGUCAGGUGCCAAUGCUCAGGAACUUGGAGUAUGUGGCAUGUUAUUAUAUAACUGGCAGCUACAAAGCCCAGGACUACGGAUACUGCAUGAGGACAAAACACUACAGAGACCUUGCUUAUGCUGUGUCGUUUUUACCUUAUUAUUGGAGGGCCAUGCAGUGUGCUAGAAGAUGGUUUGAUGAAGGGAAGACAAGCCACCUUGUGAAUUUAGGCAAAUACGUAUCGGCAAUGCUAGCUGCAGGAGCUAAAGUGGCUUAUGAGAAAGAUGGGGGUGUUGGAUAUCUAUGUCUUCUUGUGAUCAUAUCAAGUGCAGCCACUGUGUACCAAUUGUAUUGGGACUUUGUGAAGGACUGGGGUUUGCUCCAUAUGAACUCUUAUAACCCGUGGCUUAGGAAUGAAUUAAUCCUUCGCCAAAAAUUCAUUUACUACUUCUCCAUGGGAUUAAACGUUAUUCUGAGGCUUGCAUGGCUGCAAACUGUCCUGCAUUCAAGUUUUGAAAAAGUUGACUACAGAGUAACAACCUUGUUUUUAGCAGCUCUUGAAGUUCUUAGAAGAGGGAUAUGGAAUUUUUACAGGUUGGAGAAUGAGCAUCUGAAUAAUGCAGGCAAAUUUAGAGCAGUCAAAACAGUACCACUUCCUUUUCAUGAAGUGGAUGAGGAAGAGUAA